AUGUCUGAGCAAUUGAAUCCUGUCGCCUUGGUCGUUGGCGCAUCUCGCGGCAUUGGCCGCCAAGUUGCCAUUGACCUGGCAAAGAAUGGGUAUAAAGUUGUUGUAGCGGCCAAAACCGUCAGUGAUGAAAAUGAAACGACUCCUUUCCCUCCAGAUCCGAAUUCUAAACAGUCAACUAUCACAACUGUGACCCGCGAAAUCUGUGAAGCUGGUGGAGAGGCGACGGCAAUCCAGGUUGAUACAAGAAGCCCCGAGAGCAUCAAGGACAUGGUUGAUUCUACAGUGAGAACAUACGGAUCACUAGAUGUGUUGAUUUACAACCCAGGUGCCAUUUGGUGGUCCUCGGUUGAAAAGACACCCCUAAAGCGCUUCCAGCUCCUUUCGAGUGUGAACAUGGAAGGUUUGUACGCUACUAUCCAGGCUGCGUUUCCGUAUUUCGAGCGCGGUGGCUGGAAAUGCCGGGUCAUAGUAGUGAGCCCUCCUAUCUACUCUCGCUUUUUCAGAGGAAAGACAGCAUAUGCAAUGGGGAAAGUUGCAAUGUCUGUACUUACCAAAGGGCUGGCUAUGGACUGGAAGAGAGAAGGGAAGAAUGAUAUGGCCAUCACCAGCAUUUGGCCUGCCGUCGCGAUUCAAUCAGCAGCAACGCCUGACCCGAGGAUGCUGUCAGAUUUGAGAAAACCGACAAUCUUCUCGGACGCGAUCCUAGAGUUGCUAAGGGCGCCUCCGGAGCAGAUCAAUGGAUGUCUGGAACUUGAUGAAGAUUUCCUACGCAAGAGAGGAGUAACCGACUUCUCCAAAUACAGCGUAGUGCCUGGCACAAACCCGCGACGGAUGCUCCCAGCUACACUUCCGGUAUUGACAGUGCCGGAAGAGGAGGAGGAAGGGAUUCGGAUUGAUAGCACAAAGAUGAAAUCCAGUCUGUAG